GAAUUUUCACAUUCUAACUACCCCCUUUUAACUCUCUAGUACUGUAUAAGUGCAAAAACCCACAAGAAGUAGUGGACUACGGAUUCUAAACCAUGAAACUAGUUAACAAAAAGCUUCUUUUCCGUCAACAACCAUUUGGAAUUGUACUGCAGUUGGCGGCAAACAUACAAAAUGUCGCUUUGGAGGUCAGCCGGAAUUAGUUAUAUUCGAUUCUCUGCAAUCUGUGCAAAAGUUGUUAGAGAUUGUCUAAAAAAUGAGUAUAAGUUUGAUGCUUCUAAACGAGUUGGAGGCCUAAUGAAAAUUACAAACUGGAAAGACGGAAAGCCAAUCAAGAAAACAGAUUAAAUUGAAGUAAAGAAGUUCUGUUUGUUGCUCGCUGACAAAACACUACCGAAAUGUAGUUAACAUGGAGUAUUCAAAGUACUCCACUUCUAUGUAAACGUACUAGUGUUAAUAAAAAUUUAUCUACAAAAGACACAUGUUGGUGCAUGUGUUGAUUUUCUGCGCCUUGAAAUUUGUUCUCCUUCCAUUAUUAUAGGAAAAACGAUGUUGGAUAAAAGUCACCAAGAGAAUUAUAGCUUGUAACACUGAAGUGAUGUAAGUAUUGUUUCUGUAGAUAGGAAGUUGAAGAUUUAUAUUUGGGCCGCACUCUCUGUUUCUGCACUAGAUUCUUGACAUCGUUGUGAAUGUAAAUAAACCAGCAGCUGCUAACAAAAGUAGUCUGAGAAGUCCGUGUUACAUGUCAUCCUAGAUAUUAAGACAAUUAAUAUUGAC